CUCAGCUCACUCAUCACAUGCAGAUACAUAUAUACUCGGAUAGAUCCCGGCCAAUUGAAUGAAUAUAAAUUUAAUUACAUGCCCUGAAAUAUAAAAUAUAAUAUAAUAAAAUAAAAAUGGUGAAUCCGAUAUCGGCGGGGGUUCUGGAGAUAUGGGACGACUGGAAGAUCAAAGGGUCGGUGCUGGGCAGUCUGGGCAUCCAGAUCAGCCUGGUCCUCCUGUCCCCCCUGCGCAAGAAAACCAGCCUCCGGGCGGUGAUAGCCAUGGUCUGGUCCUGCUACCUGCUCGCCGACGGGGCCGCCGUCUUCGGCCUCGGCCAGAUCUUCAACAUCAAGCAGGAGACCGGCUCGGAGUGCAACUCCGGGCCGCCCUCCUCCUCCUCGGCGGCCUCCAAGAACAACGAGUUCGGGGACUUGGCGGUGCUGUGGUGCACUUUCCUCCUGGUGCACCUCGGCGGGCCCGACACCAUCACCGCCUUCUCUCUUCCGGACACGCAGCUUUGGCUCCGCCAGUUCAUUCAGAUGCUCGUCCAGGCCGUCUCCACUUUCCAUCUCAUCUUGCUCACCCUCCCCUGCAACAAGGUGAUUGGGCCAACGUUGUUGAUGCUUAUAGUUGGGAUUGUGAAGUACUCCGAGAGGUGCGUCUCCCUCUACCUCGCAAGUGUUCGGGAGGUCGGUAAAUGGCAGUCCACCUCCGCCGAUUUCGAAAAACUCAUGGCUUCCGACGACCUGACGACGGUGCUGCCGCCCGUGGAAACCACCGCACCUCCGGCGACCGCCACCCCGACCCCCCACGAGGACGUGCAGAGGAUCGUGUCCGAAGCUUACGACUUCCGCGGGGCCCGCCGGGCGGGGACCUUCUUCGCGAGACCCGAGGACGGGUUGAGAAUCACCGAGGUUGUCAUGAACAUGAUCUACGAGAAAGUGUUCUCCAAGGCUCUGGUCCUGCACUGUGUCUGGGGCUACACUCUCCGGUUCCUCACGUUGUUCUUCACCGCCGCCGCCCUCUUCCUCUUCUGGUUCCAGGGACGCGACCACUACUACGAUUACUACGCCACCAAACAUGUCCACAGCGACAUCGGCGUCACGUACGUCUUGUUCUGGGGCGCCAUUGUUCUCGAGCUGUACUCCAUUCUCAUGCUCUUCUUCUCCGACUGGACUCUCGGGAAAUUCGACAAGAGCCCGAAGUCGAUGGGUAAGUGUCUCAUUCUCCCCGCUCUCCGGAGACUCGCGGGUUUCAAGAUGAUCAAGUGGGACGGCGGGGACGGGGACGGGUAUGCGUGCGGGAACGUCUUUUUCCGUAGGUGGUCGAGACGCGUGUCCAGGUACAGCCUGACGAGGGCGUACCACCUGUGCUGCGACGAUGAAGACGGAAAGUAUGGGACAAUGACACCGAAGUCGUUCUGCUCGUCGUCGGUUUACGUAAACGUUGUCAGAAAGUUGGUGGCGGGGGCGGUGGCGCUCAGGCCGUUUGCCGCCAUCGUGUACAACUUCUGUCAGUUUGAGUACGACGAGCUGAUGUACGUCUCCCACGAGCCCCUCACCUUGCACUUCUGGCAAUUCAUUUUCGGCCAUUUGCGCUGGAAAAUCUCCCAACCCAAACCGCACAACUUCACCCUCCUCUCGGGAGGGUGUUUGGCGCUGAAGCCUACCGCCAAAACCCCCCGUGCCGCAACUUCUUCUUCUUCUACUUCCUCCUCUUACAAUUCUUCUGGCGAAGAUAACGAUAAUGAUGACCCAUAUAUAAGCCUUGUGGUUGGCAUUGACGAACAGUAUACAACCCUUGUCAUGGAAGAUAUGAACUUCGGAAGGAGCCUCUUGAUCUGGAACAUGGCUACCGACAUGAUUUAUGCGGCGGAUGGUGAUGAGAAGGAGCCUUUUAAUAAUGCAAAGAGGUUUAGCAAAAUGUUGUCGGACUACAUGUUGUAUCUCUUGGUGUUGAGAAAGGUGUGGCCUCAAAUGGGGACCUUCCAAGGCCGUUUCUGGGAGUUAUGUGUGCGGCUGGAAAAGUUGGGCAAGGAACACGGCGGCGGCCGCGGCGGAGGCGGCGGAGGAGGAGAGGGUAAUAAGUUAUCAUUAGUCCGUGCUAUUGAUGACCCAAAGAAUGAUACAGAUAUAAAGGACCUGGAAGCGGCGAAGCUGUUUGACUGUGCGGCUAAACUUGCCAGGAUACUGUUGGAGGCGGCGGACCGACUGGGCGGCGGCGGCAGGGAGGAAAUGUGGAGGGUGGUGGGGAGCGUGUGGGCGGAGAAACUGCUGCUGGGGGCCAUGAAAUGCGACGUGAACACUCAUCUGGAGCUCAUGUGCAGAGGGGGCGAACUCCUCACGCUGAAGACGGGUCACAUACUGGUGAGAGCCACGGUCGCCGACGGGGUUGCCCUUUUUGCCCUUGGUCAGUGCAUCUGGUUUCGCCAACUCAUUUCCAUGUUUGUUCAAGCUGCUGCCACUUUCUAUCUUAUCUUACAAACCCUCCCCUGCAACAAGGUGAUUGCGGCAACCAUGUUGUUAGUUGUUUAUAGUGGGGAUUGGGAAAUACCAGCCUGCGUACGUGAUUCUAAUAUUGAUGAGCAGAAAAUUGUGAUGUUAGCUUACAACUUGAAAAAAGAAGCCAACCCAUUGUAUUUUGAACAUGGAACAGAUUCCUUGAGGAUAUUAGAGCAGCGCUUUGCAUUUUCCGGUUCAGAGAUCAUCAUCACUGUUGCAGCAGCAGCAGCAGCACUGAUGGAAGCGAAGGCCAAACGCUUCGACAACUGGGAGCACAUGUGGAGGGUACUUAACGCGGUGUGGGCGGAAAAAUUGUUGUUAGGAGCAAUAAAAUGCAGUGCCAAUACUCACAUUGAGCUUCUCUCUAGAGGUGGUGAACUCGUCACACUUGUUUGGCUCUUCUCAGCCCGCGCCCAAAAGUUUUUCCCAUAAGGGAGAAUAAAGAGUAUAACUCAGA